CCCCCCCCAUUCCUCAGUGUCCCUUCCUCCUCCUCCUCCUCCUCCUCCUCCUCUGCCGGUGUCAGCCGCCCAGGCCGCAGCCGAGGCCCGCCCAGACGUCAGGGAUCCCCAUCGGCUCCAGCAUGUUCCUGGUCAACUCCUUCUUGGGGGGUGGCAAGGGAGGAGGGGGCUUCCCUGGCUUCGGAGGAGGAGGAGGUGGAGGAGGAGGAGGAGGAGGGGGCAUCGCUGGCAACAUUGGCAACGUCAUCGGGGGCUUCCUGAGCGGCGGGGGUGCCCGGCCUGGAGGAGGGGGCUCCGGAGGGGCCAUGGGCAUCCUUGGCGGGGUCAUCAGUGCCAUCAGCGAAGCAGCAGCUCAGUACAACCCCGAGCCUCCUCCCCCCCGCACCCACUACUCCAACAUCGAGGCCAACGAGAGCGAGGAGAUGCGGCAGUUCCGGAGACUGUUCACCCAGUUGGCCGGAAAGGACCUGGAAGUGAGCGCCUCAGAGCUGAUGAAUAUUCUCAACAAAGUGGUGACUCGGCACCCGGACCUGAAGACAGACGGAUUUGGGAUCGAUACCUGCCGCAGCAUGGUCGCCGUCAUGGAUAGUGACACAACCGGGAAGCUUGGGUUUGAGGAAUUCAAGUAUCUGUGGAACAACAUCAAAAAAUGGCAGUGCAUCUACAAGCAGUUUGACGUGGAUCGAUCUGGGACCAUCGGAAGCAGUGAGCUCCCGGGUGCCUUCGAGGCUGCAGGCUUCCGCCUGAACGAGCAGCUCUACCAGAUGAUCAUCCGACGCUACUCGGACGAGGACGGCAACAUGGACUUCGACAACUUCAUCAGCUGCCUCGUGCGCCUGGACGCCAUGUUCCGUGCCUUCAAGUCUCUGGACAAGGAUGGGGAUGGUAAAAUCCGAGUGAACAUCCAGGAGUGGCUGCAGCUGACCAUGUACUCGUGAGGCCGCCGUGGGGCUGGCCCCCCUCCCGCCGCCCCCACCAGCCGGUGUCAGAGCUGCUGAUUGAGGGGACCCCCUUCUCUCCUCCCCCCACCAUCCAGCCUGGACUCCAGCCCCCUCUGGGACGCGCCCUCCUCCUCCUCCUCCUCUCCCUGCCUGCCAGGCUUCCCACUCUCUGAGACUUGUUUAUCUUAGGAUCCUUGUUUGUUUGGAUUUUUCGAGCAACAGCCUGGCCUUCCCUCCCGCACUCCCACAACCCUGCAAAACCUGCACAUGCUAGUGAGGACCACCCCCCUUCCCAUCUCUGAGUACUGCUUCCUUCCCGUCUCCCCGUCGCUGAGCACGGCCCCCCCGUCCCCUUCUCUGAGCAUCGCUGCCAACCUCUUGCUCCCAGUGACAGACGCCCUGCAGCUCCACACCCAGACACCCCCAACACGCCACCCUCACGCUUCUGCAGGCCUACCCACGCCAAAACAUGCCUCAGAGCGGACCCCUUGUAACGCGCCAUGCCCAAAUGGGGACCACGGGCCAGGCCUCGCCCUCUCCUGCCACCCCAGUCCCUGGGGACCCCCCCUUCUCCCCCUUCCUCCCCCCACCGGGGCUUGGUGACUGUGGGUUGACCCUCCCCUGGAGCUGUUUGGUCGCCUGGUGGCAGCUGCCAGAGCAGAAAAUAAACAUGUUUUCCAGCUG